CACUAAUCCCACGCAACUCAAAUUUCCCUCCCCCUAUUUCGUAACCCUAACCUCCCCUCUCUAUCUUCUUCAAUUCUUCGGAUUCUGUAACUGGGCAAUUCACAGCUCCCUUCUCUCUGUCUCUGUCUCUAUACAUAUAUAUCUAUCUACUAUUUAAAGCAUUGAGGAAGAAGAAGAAGAACAAGGAAGGGGAUGUUUUACUCGCACACGUUCUUGGCUCGAAAAGGGCCACUAGGGACAGUGUGGUGCGCGGCUCAUCUGCAGCACAAACUCAAGAAGUCUCACUACACGUCCACUGAUAUCUCUUCCACUGUUGAGAGGAUCAUGUAUCCAGAAGUUCCUAUCGCACUGAGAAUGUCAGGCCAUCUUCUGCUGGGCGUGGUUCGGAUAUAUUCAAAGAAAGUUGAUUAUCUCUACCAAGACUACAACUUUUUCUUGAUAACCAUAACAAAAGCAUUCGCUUCUGUACAAGUUAAUCUGCCGGAAGAUGCAACUCAUGCACCUUUUCACUCUGUCACUUUACCGGACACAUUCGAACUUGACGCCUUGAAUUUGGAUGAAGACUUCUACCAUGAGGGGUUUGAGGACAAUCAUCUUAGGAGCCAGGAGGACAUAACACUAACAGACCAAAUUCCAACUGGAAGGGAUCCAUAUAUUUCCAUUACUUUGGAUAAGGACCUUUUGAGGCAUUCAUUACCUUUGGAAGAUGCCUCUGAUCCAGGGGCGAUGCCAAUGGAUGAAGACAUUCGUCCUUCACCUCCAGUAGCCUCAGGCAUUGGUUUUCGAGAUCCUGGUCCGACUAACCAGGCAGGAGCCAGUGAAGGGAUUCAUGAAGAUAAUUCUCCAGAUGAUAUUCCUGAAAUAGAAAUCAGGCGAGAUGCUGUCCAUGGUUUCCAUAACAUUUCCCCCUGGCCAGAUCUGGGGAACGAUAGAAUCAAACCAGAUGGAACUCUGGAGCGGGCCGAGCGGCAACUUGUUAAUGACAGGGAAAUCCCUACUCCUGUUGCAGAAGAACGAUUAAUCUCUGGCGGACAGUCUAUCCCAUCUCGGGAUCAUGAAGAGCCAUUUAAUUCUGCUACAUCAAGCCAGGCUCCUGACAAUUUUAAUUCACGCAUUGCAUUUGAGCAUGCCUCACCACCUCAACUGGUAAUUCGUGCAACGCCACCUGCUGAACAGCAACCUGUUGAACAACCAAGAGGAAGGAACAGAAGGAGAAGGCAGCUAUUCGAUGAGUCGACAGUGUUGACUAAUAAGUUUAUUAAGGCUGGGCUUGAUGACUAUAAUGACCUACGGCGGAAAAAGAAACAUUGCCCUUCUUCUGCUUUGGAUGUUUGGAAGUUGAAUAACAGGUUGAGAAAAGAAAAUAUUUUUCUCGAGCCACUAAUGCCUGGGUUGUGUACAGAUCUAUGUAACAUUUACAAGAGGGACUUUAUCUCUGCAAAACCUCACCUAGCUUCUGCGGAAGAACCAUGUCCAGAGCCUAGUAAUGCACAGCCUCCUCCCACGUGUGAUCCAAUGCAGAACCCAGAUAUGGAAAUUGAACACCCUCGUAAUAAUGAAGGCCGCUUUGACAAUAAUGUUCUACCCGACACUACAUUCAUGCCUUCUCAAACCGGAUAUAUGUCUCCCCUUCCUCAAAGGGAAGAAUUUACUCCCACUUCAGCUGAUAAUUUUGUCUCGGAAUCAGAAUCUCAAUGGGGAACAUCUGUUGGGACUAGAGUACAACCCACACCGGACCUGGCAGCAUCUACUGGAACUCUUGGGCCUGAGAUGGAAACUCCGAUGACAUUUUUGGUAGAGCGUCAAGGAUUAGAUGACACUGGUCUUUCAGAUAUUCCUGAGGUGAUGAAUUCAGCUGAAGCAGACGACCUAAAUUUUUUGGCAAUGGGGGAAUAUACACCAACUGAAGUUCAAGGAACUCAAGGAGUAGGCACGUUGUCACAGACAACAAGGAAAGUGGCUCAAUAUUUGAAAGGGAAAGCGUCAGUAACCCCUAUCUCAGAAGACUUAUCUGGAGAUCUAGUCUUGAACAAGCUCUUAGAAGGAAAAAGCAGAAAAGUGUGUGCUCGAAUGUUCUCUGAGACUCUGGUUCUAAAAAGUUAUGGGCUUGUGGAUGUACAACAAGAAGAGCCUUGUGGUGAUAUUACUUUGAAGUUGACCCCUAAACUUUUCAAGGAUCUGGAGUGAUGUUACAUGUGCUUGGCAGGUCUUCAUGCAAAUAGUUGGUUUUGUACAGCAGCAGCAACACAAUUUUGUCGUAAUCUUAUGAAGGCUCACGUCCUUGCUUCUUCUUUCUGGCAGUUGAUAAAUUAUUGUAUUCGGCCUCUACCUUCAUCUGCUCAUACCUCCUUUUGUAAUAUGCUGUAGAACUAGAAGUGCUGGCCUGGUUGGGUGGAUACUGUAUAAACAGUUUGAUUUAUCUAUGCAAUCAACUCCUUAUUUCCAUA